AUGUGUGGAGUGUGGUUGAAAGGUGGAGCAUGGUGGAUGGAGCCUGGUGGAGUAAAGCAUGGUGGAGCGGAGCAUGGUGGAGUUGAGUGUGGUGGGGUGGAGCAUGGUGGAGUGAAGCAUGGUGGAUCGGAGUAUGGUGGAGUGGAGCAUGGUGGAGUGAAGCAUGGUGGAGGGGAGCAUGGUGGAGGGGAGAGGCGUAUGGUAAAGUGGAGUGUGGUGCAUUGUAUGUGGUAUGGUGGUAGUGUGGAGCGUGGUGGAGUUGAGCAUGGUGGUGUGGCGCAUGGUAGUGUGGAGCAUGGUGGAGUAGGGCAUGGUAGUGUGGAGUAUGGUGGUGUGGAGCAUGGUGGAGCAGGGCAUCACAGUGUUGAGCAUGGUGGAGUGGGGCAUGGUCCUGUGGAGCAUGGUGGAGCAGGGCAUGGUAGUGUGGAGCAUGGUGUAGUAGGGCAUUGUAGUGUGGACCAUGGUAGUAUGGAGCAUGGUGGAGGGGAGCAUGCUGGAGUUGAGUGUGGUUGA